CUUCUCCCGCCGCCUUCGGAGCGCAGGGUCCGGUCCCGGCAGCCGCUCGGAGCUCUCGGGGCGGGCGCGGAGCGAGGGCCGGCCGGCGGGCGGGCGGCUAGCGAGCCGGGAGCGGAGCGGCCGAGGAGCCGAAGGCAGCCGCGCGGCGGGCCCCGAGCGACGCGGCCGACGCUCCUGCAAACUUGGGCGCGCGCUCGCGCCACUGCGCCCGCGGCCCGAGCGAUGAAGAUGGUCGCGCCCUGGACGCGGUUCUACUCCAACAGCUGCUGCCUCUGCUGCCAUGUCCGCACCGGCACCAUCCUGCUCGGCGUCUGGUACCUGAUCAUCAAUGCCGUGGUACUGCUGAUUCUGCUGAGCGCCCUGGCAGAUCCAGAUCAGUAUCACUUUUCAAGUUCUGAACUAGGAGGUGACUUUGAAUUCAUGGAUGAUGCCAACAUGUGCAUUGCUAUUGCAAUUUCUCUUCUCAUGAUCCUAAUAUGUGCAAUGGCUACUUACGGAGCAUACAAGCAACAUGCCGCCUGGAUCAUCCCAUUCUUCUGUUACCAGAUUUUCGAUUUUGCCCUGAACACCUUGGUUGCAGUCACUGUGCUUGUUUAUCCAAACUCCAUUCAGGAAUACAUACGACAGCUGCCUCCCAACUUUCCCUACAAAGAAGAUAUCAUGUCUGUGAAUCCUACCUGUUUGGUCCUUAUUAUUCUUCUGUUUAUCAGCAUUAUCUUGGCUUUUAAGGGUUACUUGAUUAGCUGUGUUUGGAACUGCUACCGAUACAUCAAUGGCAGGAAUGCCUCUGAUGUCCUGGUUUAUGUUACCAGCAAUGACACUACGGUGCUGUUACCCCCGUAUGACGAUGCCGCGGUGAAUGGCGCUGCCAAGGAGCCGCCGCCACCUUAUGUGUCUGCCUGAGCCGAAAGAGGGGUGAAGCCGAGAGCAACGACUUGACUUUUCAGACAUCGGAGCAAUAGUUGUUUAAUUUCACUUCUGAGAUGAGCUCUCUGAGCUUAUUUGUUGCUGAAAUGCUUCAGUUUUAAAAUUUAGAUUUUAAGUUGAAACCCUCUGUAGUUUUAAACAUAUGCUUUAGCUAGAGCACUGUGAUAGAUUAACUGUGGAAUUCUUUCUGUAGGGUGGGUGUAAUGGCUUCCCUCAUCUUCCCUAGGCAUUGAAACUUUCCAACAAUAUGGAGGAACCUUGAAUCAGAGAAGUCUGGUUUUGUACCUGGUUUUGUACCUAACUCUGGGCCCCAGAGUCAGGGAAUUUGUCACACUUUCUCUCUCUCUUCCCUCUGUCUCUUUUGAAAGUGUCAAAUAAAAUCAAAAUUAGACAAUGCUUUUUCUUAAGCCGUUCCAAUGUAUAGAAGAAACCCUUACAAGAGUAAGAAUGUUAAUUGUGUAAUCAUCGCUCUAAUAGGUAAACAGGAGUCCAUAUAUAUAAAUAAAAAACAAGAUUUUCCUUAA